AUGCCCGAAAAAGUGAAAAAGAGCCCCGAAACCGAAGAAAGGGCCAACGGGGAGGACGGUGGGGAGACGCAGACGAACGGAAAGAGCGGGCCGGGAGCCAGCGGAGACGCGGACGGCGGCGAGGGCCGACGGAGGCAGUCGAGCGGCCGCGCGGCGGACGCGGACGGCGGGGCGAGGCAGAGGGGCGGGACGGCCAAGGGGAAGGCGCAGGAUAAGGGGCGGCGCGGCCAGAAGGCGAGCGGCACUGCCGAGGACGAGCGCAACAGCAGCGAGCCGCCCCACGGGCAUCGGGCUGCGCGAGAGAAGCCGGCGGAGGGCGAGGGGGUGAAGGGAGAGCGAGACAGGAAGAGGGCAGCGAGUGCGGGGGGCGACAUGAGCUCCGAGGAGCGGAAGGGCAAGGAUGGGGAGAAGAAGAAGAAGAAGAAGAAGAAGAAGAAGCCGGCGGAGGAGGCCGGGGACGACGAGGCCGCGCAGGAGGAAGAGGAGGAGGAGGAGGAGGAGGAGGAGAAGAAGAAGAGGAAGAAGGAGAAGAAGAAGAAGAAAGGCUCAGACAGCGACGAGGAGAAGAGAGGCAGGAAAGGCAGGAAGUCGAAAGGCAAGCAGGAGAACUACGCUGAGCUCUACCAGCAGGAGCUCGUGAACUAUCACACUGAUGAGUCUGACGGGUAUGAGGAGGAAUACUAUAAAAAGAAAGUGUACGAGGUGGUGACGGUUACGGGCGACGUGAAGGGAGCAGGCACGGAUGCCAACGUUUUUGUCAGCUUGUACGGGGAGUACGGCGUCACGCCGAAGGUUCACCUGGCCAGCAACACUGAAAAGAGGAGCAGAACGGCUUUUGAAAAAAACAAGACCGACGUCUUUCGUAUUAAAACUCACAACGUUGGGCCAAUAAAGAAACUCAGGAUCGAGCAUGACAACACCGGCAUGAGCGCCAGCUGGUUCCUGGACCGCGUCAUCUUGACGGACAUGAGCAGGCCCCACCUCCGCUUCUUCUUCUCCUGCACCAAUUGGCUGAGCCGGGAGGAGGGGGAUGGCCUCACUGUGAGAUACCUGCUGGGCAGCCUCAACCCCAUGGACAUCCCCAAACAAAAUAAAUACAUAGCCAGCGUGUUCACAAUGGACGUCAAAGGCAGCGGAACCGAUGCAGAUGUUUUCCUCACCAUCUUUGGAGAGCGGGGAGAUACCGGGGAGAGGAAACUCGUGAGCGAGGGGAAGGAUAACUUUGAGAGGGGGAAUGAGGAUAAAUUCACCAUUGAUGCGCCGAACCUGGGAAACCUGAGGAAAAUCACCAUUGGACACAAUAACAAAGGCUCCUCCGCUGGCUGGGGGUGUGAUAAGGUGAUAAUAGACGAUAUGGGAAAUAAAGAGGUAUAUGAGUUUCCUGUUAACGCCUUUUUCGACAUCUCCGAAGGCGAUGGAAAAAUCCAGAGAGAUGUGCUUGUUGGAGGCCUCCAGCCAAUGGCGAUCGUGUAUAACGUACAGGUGAUGACGGGCGAUGUUCGGGGAGCGGGCACCAACUCCAAGAUCCACCUGGUGAUGUACGGACGCAAGGGCGUGAAGAACAGCGGCAAGGUCUUUCUGGAGGGCGGCACGUUUGAGCGCGCUCAGAUCGACGUCUUCAGCGUGGAGCUGCUGGAACUACUGAGCCCGCUGAGCCGCGUGACCAUCGGCCACGACAACGCCGGAAUCAGCUGCGGCUGGUACUGCGAGAAGGUGAUGGUGUACUGCCCUUUCACGGGAAUUGAACAGGUGUUCCCCUGUGGCCAGUGGUUGGAUGAAGAUGAGGGCGCUGGACUGGUGGAGAGGGAGCUGUAUGAGAUGGUGUCACUGCGUCAGCGCAAGCAGAAGAAGUUCCCGUGGUCACUGUGGAUCUGGACAUCUGACGUGAAAGGCGCAGGGACGGAUGCGCAGGUCUUCCUGCAGGUCUAUGGAGAGACAGGAAAGAGUGAUGAGAUGAAGUUGGAAAGCAAGUCGGACAGCUUUGAACAGGGCCAGUGCGACAAGUUCAUGAUUGAGAUGCCUGAUAUUGGCAAAGUGAGGAAGUUGAGGAUUUGGCAUGAGAAGAGAAAUCCCUUCUCUGGGUGGCAUCUGGGCAGGGUCACAUUAAUGAAGACCUUGAACAGGGAGAAAUAUAACUUCGUUUGCAAUCGCUGGCUGGACAUUAACGAGGAUGACAACGAGAUCGUCAGGGAGCUGCCAGCUACCGGUGUCCACGUCCCCGAGCCACUGCCGUUGAUUAAGUAUCGCGUGACCAUCUGCACGGGCACGGUCAGCGGCAGUGGAACAGACGCCAGCGUCUACCUGAACGUGAUCGGCGACCUGGGGGACUCGGGCGAGCGGCUCAUGUUCAUGAGCAAAAACAACGUCAACAAGUUCGAGAAAGGAAACGCUGAUGAAUUCAUCAUAGAAGUAGUGUCGCUGGGUACGAUUAGGAGGGUUCGGAUUGGUCACGACGGGCGCGGUGGAGGUUGCGGUUGGUUCCUGGACAAGGUGGUGGUCAGAGAGGAGGGCCAACCAGAGUCGACCUCUGUGGAGUUCCCGUGCUACAGGUGGUUGGAUCGUAACGAGGACGAUGGUCAGAUUGUGAGAGAGUUGGUGCCCACUGGAGAUGGUCAGACAUUGUUUAAUGUCAGCUACCACAUCGCGGUCAAGACGGGCAAUGUUAACGGGGCAAGCUCGGACUCGAAGGUCUUCGUCAAGCUGUAUGGAGAGAAAGGAGACACCAAUAAAAUAAUGCUGGUUGUCUCCGACAACGAUCUCGGCAACUACUUCGAGACGGACCAGACCGACAUCUUCACUGUGGAAACGUCUGACCUUGGCAAGAUCAACCGCUUGCUGAUUGGCCACACCAACGAGGGCCUGCGAGCCGGUUGGUUCCUGGACAGUGUGCAGAUCUGGGUCCCGGUGCAUGGGCUGAUGUACAUGUUUCCCAGCCACCGGUGGCUCUGCAAGGAUGAAGCAGAUGGCAAAGUGGAGAUUGAGAUCUACCCCAGCGAGACCCUGCAGAUAGAGAAAUUGAAGAACUACGAGGUGACGGUGGUGACAGGGAACGUGUUUGCGGGUGGCACCAACGCCGGAGUCUUCCUGCAGGUCUACGGCGAACAGGGUAAAACUGAGGUCAUCCAGCUCAAAAGCAGAUCCAACAACUUUGAGAGAGGAAGCACCGAGAUCUUUAAGAUCGAGGCUCUGGAUGUGGGGAAGGUCUAUAAGAUCCGUAUCGGCCACGACGGAUCAGGUGUGUGUGCCGGGUGGUUCCUGGAGACCGUAGCGCUGAAAUGCCUUGAGACGGCCAUGGUGAAAGUGGAGAAGAAAGACAAGAAGAAGAAGAAGAAGAAGAAGAAGAAGGAGGAGGAGGAGGAGGUGUCGGAGCUGAGGGAGGUGGUGAGGACGUACCACUUCACCUGUAGCCGCUGGCUCGCCCGUGACGAGGAGGACGGGGAGAUCCUGGUGGAGCUGAAGGCUGAGGACUACGAUGACCUGGAGGAGAACACGUAUGAGGUACAUGUGUUCACGGGGUCCAUGUGGGGGGCCGGCACGGACGCGGGCGUCUACAUCAACAUCUACGGGGAGAUGGGAGACACCGGCGAGAGGAAGAUCAGGAAGUCGAACCACCUUAACAAGUUUGAGCGUGGACAGGAGGAUGUCUUCUCCGUGAAGGCCAUGGACCUGGGACUGCUGAAAAAGUUGAGGAUCCGUCAUGACGGGAAACAAGCCAACUCAGCCUGGUACCUGGACCGCGUGGAAAUCAUCGACACGAAAGAUGAGACCAGGUACUUUUUCCCUUGCCAGCGGUGGCUAGCGGUCGACGAGGAUGACGGGCAGUUGGCGCGUGAGCUGGUCCCUGUGGACGAGGCCUUCAUGAACAGAGAGGAGGAGGAUGAGGAUGGUGAAAGCGUUAUGGCCCCAGCGCAGCUCGGACUUGAGCAGAAAGCCAUGUCAACCACGUACACCAUGAGAAUAAAAACAGGAGAGAAAAAGCAUGCUGGAACUGACGCCAACGUUUACGCCGUCUUAAACGGCACCAAGGACGACACAGGUAUCGUCACCCUGAAGGCCUGUAAGAACCACAGGAAUAAGUUUGAGUUGGGUUUGAUCGAUGAGUUUACCAUAGAGGCCGUGGACCUUGGCUCACUCAAACGCAUUCGCAUUGGCCACGACAAUGCAGGCGCUUCUCCAGGCUGGUUUCUGGACUGGGUAGAGAUCGAUGCUCCGUCUCUUGGUCAGUGUCUGCGUUUCCCGUGUGGACGCUGGCUGGACAAAAGGGAGGACGAUGGUGCCAUUUACAGAGACCUGUACCCCAACGACCUGCAGACAGAACUAUACACACCCUACGUGCCCUACGAGAUCAAGGUCUUCACCAGCGACGUGUUUGCGGCAGGCACGGACGCCGACGUCUUCGUCGCCCUCUACGGGCAGAGCGGGGCCUGCACAGCUCAGAAGUCCCUCUGUGUCAACAAGAGGGAGAGACGCAUGUACUUUAAACGAGGCGCUGCAGACAUGUUCAUCGUGGAGCUGGAGGACAUCGGUGACAUCAUUGAGAAGCUUCGGAUCGGCCACGACAACCGCGGAGUGAACGGGGGCUGGCACCUGGACCGCGUGGAGGUCCGGAGGCUGCUACGUAAGGGGAAGGGUUCGGAGACGACGAUAUUCCUGUGCGAGCGUUGGCUGGCGCGCUCCGAGGACGACGGCGAGACCAUCCGGGAACUGGUUCCCUCCAACAUCAUCAUCGAGAAACUGUCCCGCGACGGCACUCUCAAAGUCAUCGAAACGGAAGUGGACGAUGCACUGGAGACUCACACGUACUCGGUGAGCGUAACCACAGGCGACGUGUAUGGGGCGGGUACUGAUGCGAAUGUCUUCAUCACCGUAUACGGAGACAUGGGUGACACUGGCGAGCGCAAACUCAGCAAGUCUGAGAACAACAAGAACAAGUUUGAGAGAAGAGCGGUGGACACAUUCAGCAUUGAAGCGGUAGACCUGGGCCACGUGUUCAAGAUCCGCAUUCGCCACGACAACAGCAUGCUGAGUCCGGAUUGGUACCUGGACCAGGUGGAGGUCGUCGACACAGAUACAGACGAAGAGUUUCUCUUCCAGUGCGAACGCUGGCUGUCCCGCAAGAAAGAAGACAAGCGCAUCGAUCGAGUCUUCUACGUCAAGGGAUUUGAAGGAGAGAGAGAGACUGCAUUCUGUCCUAUAAAAAAAGUCACAAACCUGGACAGCAACAUGAACAAGAAUAACAAGAAACAAGGACCAAAGGAGGGGGAAGAGGAGGAGGAGCCUUCAUUAAUCCCGUACCAUGUGUCGGUGAUGACGGGGUCAGAGCGCGACGCAGGCACCAGCAGCCGGGCGUAUGUCAUCAUCAGGGGCGUGACACACACAGAGACCCAGCUACUGUGGCUCCACCUGCAGGGCAAGAAGGACUUCAGGCCCGGAGCUUUGGACUACUUCACCUGUUAUGGCACUGACGUGGGCGAGAUCAAAAAAGUGGAGCUGGGACAUGACGGUGCCACCCCAGAGAGCUGCUGGCUAGUGGAAGAGUUCUCAGUUGCUGUGCCUACCAAGGGCACCAUGUACAUGUUCCCCUGCAAGUGCUGGCUGGCCAAAGACCGGGGGGACGGGCUCACCGUGCGUGUCUUCAACGUGCUGGAUGCCGACACCGUCAGCAUCUCACGCAAGGUGAUUUAUGAGGUGACCGUGGUAACAGGGGAUGUCCAGCAUGCGGGGACAGACACUCAGAUCUACAUGACCGUGUUCGGAAUGUAUGGGACGUCAGAAGAGAUCCUGCUUCCGAAACUAGAGGACAGGUUUGAGCGAGGGCAGAAUGACACUUUUAACUUGGAGAUAGAAGACAUCGCUCCACUCCGGAAAAUGAGAGUCCGCACUGAUGGCACUGGAAGCCGACCUGACUGGUUCCUGGAUAAGGUAGUCCUGCACAACCUGGAGACAGACGAGGAGGCCACAUUCACGUGUGAGGAGUGGCUGUCACACACCUACGGGCCCGCGCGCACGCUCGUGUGUGAGAUGCCCGCGGUCAUCGACGAGGAGGAAAUGGUGGAGCGCACCACCUACACCAUCUCAGUCAAAACCAGCGACGCUGCCAGGGCGGGGACAGACGCUAAUGUCUGGAUGAUCCUUUUCGGAGAGAACGGGGACACAGGUCCUCUGGCGCUGAAGGAGAGCUCCAACACCAACAAGUUUGAGCGGAAACAGACGGACACGUUCCGCUUCCAGGACAUCCUCAGCCUUGGAGAACUCUCCAAGAUCCGUGUGUGGCACGACAACACAGGCCUGGCAACCUCGUGGCACCUGGAGUACGUGGACGUGCACGACGACGUCAUGGGGAAGAAGUUCCGCUUCCAGUGCGACCGCUGGCUGUCCAAGAGCAGAGACGACAGGCAGGCGAUGAGGGAGCUGGCAUGCGCCAGCAACGACGUGGUGGACUUCGACGAGAAAACCAAGUACGAGAUCCUCGCCACGACCGCGGACACAGAAGACGCCGAGACGAAGGAGAACGCCUGGAUCAUUCUGGAGGGGAAGAAGGGAAGAAGCAGGGAGUUUGUGAUGGAGAACUCCACUAAGAAGAAACGUUUCUUACGCGGUGCCACAGACAGGUUUGAGUUCUCCUCCAAGAACCUGGGGGACAUCCCCAGCAUCUGCCUGGGUCACACCCCCAAAGAUGGCAAGAAGACUAAGGCGGAAGCCUUCUGGAGGGCCCUGGAGGUCGUCGUCACGGAGAAGGAGCUUGGCAACAAGUAUAUCUUCCACUGUGACUCGCUCAUCCCUCUCUCCUCUAAGCGAGACGACUUCCAGACCUUCGCGUGCUCCAAGUUCAUCGAGAGCUUCGCCAGCAAGGCACGCAGCCUGGUGGCGGUCAAGUAUGAGGUCAUUGUCAUCACGGGCCAGGAGAAAGGCGCUGGCACGGACGCCCGCGUCUUCAUCACCAUCUUCGGCACCAACGGCGACUCGGGUCGUCGCCGCCUACGCCAGCGCUGCCGCAACCUGUUCGAGCGCGGCCGCACCGACCGCUUCCUGCUGGAGCUCCUGGACAUGGGGGAGCUCCUCCGGCUUCGUGUGGAGCAUGAUAGCAGGGGCCCAGCCCCGGGCUGGCUCCUGGCCCGCGUGGAGGUCACCAACACGGCCAACGGCGUCACCACCGUCUUCCCCUGUGGCAAGUGGCUGGACAAGAACCGGGCCGACGGGCGGACCGAGCGUGUACUCUACCCCAAGUUCUAGGGCCGGCUGCG